AAUCAAAAUGGCGGAUUGUUUUGCACCGUAUUAACUAUAUUCCUAAAAUAUUCCGGUGAAGUAUGGAAGGUCGACUUGCAUACAAUAGUGGUUCAUCAUCUGAAGAAAGCGAUGAGUCCCCGAAAAAGAAACUAAAGGUUACGGAAUCUGAUAAAAUCGUAAUUUACGCGGGGAGCAAUAGAAAAACCGAGAAUGGAAAGUUAGAAUCUCCUGUCAAGCAUGGAGCGUAAAGCAGAUUAUUUUCAAAUAACCCAACUGGAUUAAAACAGAUUCCAAACACCUGUAAUUCAUCUGUGAGUACUCAAAAUGAUUUUUCUGGACUCUUAAUUGAUGAUUAACAUAAAACCUCUGCGCGUGGUUAUUUCCGGACAAGUACUGAGAAAAAUGCGAAAUCUCCAGCACUGUUCAAUUCAGGUAACCAGAAAACGAUGUCAUCUUUGAUAAGUUCAGGACCAAACGUCAAACCUUACGUGUCUAAGAGACAAAGAAAGAAAUUGGUUCAAGCAACAUCCUUAUCCCUUAUGGCAAAUCAGCCGUUACAAGACAUCGAUUUAACCUCAAGAAAUGGCUCCUUGAAAGGAGCAAAUUAUCACUCAGAUGAAGCUGAAUUUCCAAACCGCAAGGACACAGAUCAGGUAUGCAGACCAUCAAAGGAGUUGCAUUUAAAUCUUAAAGGUCACACACAGGGUGUCAACUGCAUCAGAUGGAAUGUUACAGAGAGUAAUAAUCAUUUGUUGUUGUCUGCAUUGAUGGAUCAUAAAGUUUGUGUUUAGGACACACGCAGUCAAAGAUGCCAAAUGCAGUCACUGUGGGUCACAAGUGUUGAGUUGUGGUUAUGACAAAACUGCAAGACUGUUUGACGUGAAAACAGGUAUUUGAAACAUUUAUUGUGAGUGUAUAAACAAAGUUGUAAAUGUACAACUUUGCUCUACAUUAUGAAAAUAUUAAGCAAGAGACAGGUGAUAAGAUGAGGGAAACAUAACUAGGUGGAGAGUGUUAUCUUGUAUACUCAGGUGUGGUUUGGCACAUUAAAGUUUUUGUGUGUGUGAUUGAGGGUGGGUGGGGGAAACUGACAUCCCGUAUAUUAACCCUUUACACCCUAACAUCAGUAUGUAUAUUCUCCAUACUGUUCUCCGUAUGUUUCCUAAGGUGCUCACAAGGAGAACUUGGUUAGCAAUGUAGAACUUCUUUAGUUGGUGAUCAUUUCAUUCAUCCUCAUGACCUUAAUGUUUGAUUCAAGGGUGAUAUACAGUAGUAAGGAGAAAAUUGAUGUUAGUCAAUCUUAGGAGUUAACGGUUAAGCCAGGUACGAACUGUUACUCAAAUUAUCCUAAAAACUCCUAAUGUCUGCUUCUUGAAACACACGCUGGUGCUGUUCAAAGGUAAAAAAGCUUAGUACCAGAUAUAAUUUUGCUAAGCAUAAUCUUGAUGAAACAAUAUGAAAAGAUUACAAGACUGAAUAUUUUUCCAAACUUAUGCUUUACUGUGCUAGCAAUAUUGUGGAACCUGAAACAUUGAGGGCUGAGCCCCCACCAAAUAUUUGCUUGGAGAGCUGGAGCUUUACUCCUGCCUGGCUGCCCCUAUUCUUUGUGCAUUUUGAGGGGUUAUUAUGCUAUCAGUUUAGUAGUGUUAAUUGACAGUGUUAGUUUUUGGGCUAUAAUUAAUUGAUUUGGUGUGCAUUCUAUAUUCCUAUGUUUAGUGCUACAAAGCAUGUCUGUGAUUAAAUUAGAUGCUUAAACAUUUAUUGAUUUAUGUUGCUUCUUAUUUUGACAGGAAAGGAAAUCAAAGUGUUUCCACACAGAAACUGUGACUUGUGUCCAGUUUCAUCCCAGUCAUCCCACCCUGUUCUUAGCUGGGACUUUUAAAUCUUCCAUUCUGUGUUGGAACAAGAGGACUGGAAGU